AUGGCAGCGCUACGGGCGGUGCACGGGGAGUCACAGGUGAUGCCGGAGCCAGCGCUUCCCUCCCCGCCGCCGCCGCCCGGGGCUCCCGGACCCCUCGGCCGCUCCCGGACCUCCGGGGGAAGGUGGGCACCACCCCCGCCCCACGGCCCGGAGCCGCAGGUGCACGGGCAGGACGGGGGCUCCGGGCAGCCUCCCGCCCGCCUUCCCGAGGCUCAUCCCGGCCGGUGCCCGCCGGGCGCGGGGGAACCGCCGCGGGAAGGACGCGGCUCGCGGCACACGGUGGACGCGCACGUCCCGGCGGCGCACCGGGACCCCCCCGCCCCCAAGGAGCGGGACCGCCCUGCCGGCGGCCGGCGCCCACCGGAACAAAAGGAAAACAGCCCCGGAGCCGCCCGCGGCCCCGCACAGCGCCCGGCCCAUCCCGCCCCACCUCCCGCACUCACCUCGGCGCGGCGGCGGCGGCGGAGCGGGCGGCGGCCACUCGCGCCCGCGGGCUCCCUCCCUCCCGCUCCCUGUUCCCCUCCCUCCUUCCCUGCCCGCCCUCCCGGCUCCGUCUCUCACCGCUCCCGGAGCGGCGGCGGCGGCGGCUGGGCCCGGCUCCCCCGCCACGUGACCCCGCCACGUGACCGCCGCCCUGCCCCGGCCCGGCUCCGCCCCCGCCGCCCGCCCGGCCGCGCCGGGAUGGGCCGGGAUGGGCCCCGCUGGGAGCGGGGCUGGCCCCGAGCCCAGCCCGCGGCAGCCGGCCGGGGCACGGCCACUGCGGGGCACACCGCAGCCCAGCGUGGGAACAGCUUGUCUGACGGGGGAAACGGCCGCCACCACGUCCCUGUGCUCCCCAGCCCCUCACCGCCCGCUGGAACCACUAUAGUGGGUGUGAUGUGA